CAGCUUGAAAGCCACCCUGAAGCAUACAUACCGAGCCAUGUUACCAUGCAAUCCGUCGAACGAAUUUUCAAAUACACACCAACCCGCCUCGGCGAGAACGUCACCAGAAACUGAAGUGGCGAUCGGCUGAACAGACAUGAGAAAAGAUGCCGCCUUUAUUUGACGAGGCACAGAUUCACAAUGCUCUGCGAAACGAAGCGUUGCCAGAGCUGGCGCGUCUUGCUGGCGACCAACGCCUGCGGGAACGCGCCCUGGACCGCUUCGAUCGCGACGAGCCGCCGCCGUACCUAUCCUCGACCGACGACGAGGAGUAUCUCGAAAACGAGCUACCCCUGGGUUCCGACGGCAGCGGCGUGCUGCAAGAGUUUGUCGAUUUGAUGAAGCAGCCGUUGACCGACGCCGAACGAGACACGGUCGCCAUGGACCUGCACUUUUCCGGCAAAGUAUACCAACCCGGCCAUCGAUACCACCAGGAAGCUGUUAUCGAAGCACAACGGAUCCGGCGUGUCUGCCGGGAGCUCCGGCCCGCCAACGCCGAGGCCCAAAAAUUCCUCGACUUCCAAGGCAGGGCCGGCGAUGAGCGCCUGAACAUCCUUGUACGGCGCAACAUCAAGCGCCGCUGGCGGAAGCUCGGUGUGUGGAAUCCCCAGUGGGGGAUCCCCGGCCGACGCAACGGUACGAAUCCCGACGACGACGCGUCCAAGUGGAAAUGGAGGUGGCAGCACGGCGACGCCGCCGCCGAGUGGACUCCGUCUGCUACCGCCACCGCCGCAAACCCAAAACAUCCCAUAACACGGGCUUUAGCAUUGCGCCAAGGAUUGCUGCAUGGGGAGCAUGCACCGGUCCCCCCCCGAUCACGCCUUCCAGACGACGCCUCGGCCUCGCAAGCCGAGUCUUUCAUCAUCUCGCGGCCCUGGUUCGUGUUCAUGGCCGAGUACUUUGAGGAGCGUGAGCGAUUUUACCGCAUUCCUCCGAUGAAGCGACGGCAUUACCGAGAGCCGAUUGCAAAGCCCGUUAUUGAACGGUGGAAGAGCCGAGGGGAUUGGAGGGAUGAAUGGGACCAACCGGUCGAGGGAGCAUACGUCCCUGGCUGGAAAUGGAGGCACGAGAGCCCUUCCCCAGAACCCGAGGAUCUGACGCCGCUCGAGACCAUGGAUCUCGAGUUCACGCCCUCCGAGGUCGAUGCGCUCGAGGCCAUCCGGCCUCCUACGCCUCCGCCUCCGCCCCCGCCUCGCUCGCACUCGCCGCGGCACUUCCCAUCCGGCGACCAGACCGUGCACUCGGGGACAGGGCUCUUCUCUAGCCACCCGCUUCCACGCGCUCCCCCCACUCCCCCGGCCGCGGACGAUUCUGCGCCGGAGGUUCCGGAGCCCGCCCAGGCCGCUCCGCAGCAGCAGCAGCAGCAGCCCCGCCGGCGCCCGCGCCAGCGGAAAGACGAGCAGCCCGUGCAACCCGUCCGGCGCAGCGCCAGGAUCGCCGCCAUGAACAAAACCAAGGCCAACCCCCCACCGCCGCCGGCGCCCGCCCCCCCACCGCAGGCACGUCAGAGCCGCCAACGCGCCGCCCGGGCUCCGGUGGGAGAGCAACCCGCCGGCCGGCCCAAGACGGACCGGUCGACGAGGGCGCAGAGGCGGGCCGCCGCGUCGGACAAGCCGUCGGCUCGGUCCAUGCAAGCGGAGAAGCCGACUACCGCGCGGUCGAGAGGUCGCCCCAAGAAGAAGACGGGUCGUCGGUAGCCAUAUCAUAUAACCUUGCUCGUGACUU